GCAAUAAAUAAUGUGGAUUGCGACCUUCCAGAUCUGGUUCAAAGCUUUUGUGUCGCUAAUGCAGGUGUCAGCGAAUGCUUGACUGUGGAACAGACCCGAGUUGUUCUAAUUGCCCUUUCAGCCCAAGUUGACCAGAUUUUCGAUAUUGCCGCCGAGGUGCUAUCCCUUCCAGCGCUGUUGGAGUUCAUUUACUACAUUCUCCAAGCCAGUGGUGCAGAACUAGCAGCUAGAGCACGCCCACGUACCCCGUCAUCACCGAAAUCAAAACAGCCAGGCAAUUUGAAACAAGCGGUUACAAAUGUCAAGGACGAAAUCUUCAAAGUUGCGAGGAGGCAAUUUUCAACUUUCAGUGGAGUUAAGAAAUUUAGUGAUGAGAAAAGAAAGGCAACUGAAUCCCAAGGUGAUAGCAUGUUUCUUGAUAGAUUAUCACAUCUUCUGCUAAGAGUUAUUCGAUCACCUAAACGACCACUGCUUCAUCUUCUUCGAGCUUGGACUUUGGUAUCUCAGCACCUUGUUGAUGCCUGCUGCUUCUCCUUCAUGUGUAAACCCCCAACAUUCAUUGAAGCAGACGUUGAAAAGCUUCUUAUUAGUCAGAGAGCUCUGUCUUGUUUGCAUGAAUGUACUGUUAAUACCAUAACCACACGACUUGAGUUGCCCUACUUUUGUGCCAAUGAAAUGUUCUGCAAGCCGUUUGAAAUCCUUCUUCGAUUAGAGUUAUCAGAAAUGGCAAAGGUAGCUAGACAGGCAGUUAAAUGUAAAUAUAAUUGGCGCAUAAACAGUGAUCUUAUAAUGUGUUAUCAGGUGGUGUGCAAUAACCUUAUUAGCUUAAUCCAAGCAAUUGAUGUCCGUUGUUUUGCCUCGUCAAUAGGCUUAUCAGAUUUGAAAGGAAAUGAAGAAGAAUUGCGCAAAUCCCUCCCUCAUGUGGACCUAGAAACUGGAUUAAAAAAUCGAGGUUUUAAUAAAACCCUUCUAACAUGGGACGCGGACACAGCUGUUCCUCUUGCCAAAUCAAGUAAAAAUUCAACCAAAAGUGUGGAGAGCAUUCUCUCGCGUAAUCCAAUUGCUCUAACUGGGAACUUGGGAAAUGAGGUCGAUGCUCUAAGAUGUACCUCACGACCUCGCAAACAAACAUCGCGUGGUCCCAAACGAGAUCCCAUUGCAGGAAGGGGCGAUUUCGGUGAACGUGAAUGGGAUCCAAUUUGGAAAUACAACGGUCGAAUAGCGCGAGCUCGAAGUUCAACAGGCAUUCGGUGCAAUCCCCUCACCGGAGAAAAUGCCAAAUCAUUUGAUAUCAGCACGGAGGAGAAACGUCGCUGCAGUCUAACUCCAAAGACUCCUAGAGCCUCUCGUAACGUUAUUACUGGAGAAAAUUGCGCAGAUUUCGAUAUUUCACAAGAAAUGAAACCUGUUGGACCACGCCGAAGGAUGGAGACGGGCAAGAAUACAGUAACAGGAGAGAAUUGUGAAACCUAUGAUGUUAACGUGGAAACAAAACCCGGUAGAUCACGUGUUCGAGCCCGGUCAGAGGGGUUGAAGGGAAACCCACUUACAGGUGAAAAUGUGGCCACGUUUACUAUUUCAAAAGAGGAGAAGAAGAGGAAUAUGAAGUCUUAUGUUUAUACAAAUACCGUAACUGGAGAAAAUUGCCUUAGUUAUAAGAUAACACCAAUUGAACGCAAUGUGACAUCCCGGCCCAAUACAGCUCCGUCGAAUCCACUGCUGGGUGAGAACACUCAAAACUACAUCUACCGAGUUGGUGAAAAGGAAAAAGCAAUAAAAGUACGAGAUCUUGAUUCACCACUGACAGGAGAGGGCUCUCGUGGCUCAACCUACUCGAUUUCAGUGGAGGAGAGGCGACGAAAACCCGCCGACUACAGCAAGACGAGGAACGUGCUAACUGGUGAUAAUUGCAAUACCUACCAAAUUUGCCAAGAGAUGCGAAGUGAACGCAAGAGUUCUGCGCCUCCAACAUCAAGAGGUCAGAAUUCGAUUAAGUUAAAGUCGUAG